AUGACAUCGAUUAUCCGAUUCGAGGCCAUCAGUGGUGUGGGAGACAGUCCGCCCUCUUAUUUACUACAAGUGGAUGAGUUCCGGUUCCUCUUGGACUGCGGGUUGGAUGAGAUGUUUUCGGAGACAUAUAUCAAGCAAUUGGCGAAACAUGUGAAACAGAUCGACGCGGUCCUCAUAUCACAUCCAGACGCUCACCAUUUGGGAUGUCUGCCAUAUCUGGUGGGGAAGUGUGGUCUGAACUGCGAGGUGUACGCCACGACACCGGUGUAUCUCAUGGGACAGAUGUUUAUGUAUGACUUGUAUCAGUCGCGACACAACUACGAGAACUUUGAUCUCUUCACUUUGGAUGACGUCGACGCCGCCUUUGAUCGCGUCAUUCAAGUCAAGUACAACCAAACCAUUGCUCUGAAAGGCAAGGGACAGGGGCUUACGAUCACCCCAUUAGCCGCCGGACACAUGAUUGGGGGCACCAUUUGGCGCAUCGUUAAGGACGGCGAGGAAGACAUUGUGUACGCCAUUGACUUCAACCACAAGAAGGAGAGACAUCUGAAUGGAUGCGUUCUCGAGAGCAUAAGCCGGCCGUCGCUUCUCAUAACCGACGCGUUUAACGCGAAUUACGUUCAGGAAAGGCGUCGCAAAAGGGAUGAGCUGUUGAUCACCAGUAUUAUGGCGACCCUUCAGAGCGGCGGCAAUGUGUUGAUCGCUGUGGACACUGCGGGUCGGGUGCUUGAGUUGGCCCACAUGUUGGAGCAGUGGUGGCGGAACCAGGACUCGGGUCUUAUGACCUAUUCGUUAGUACUUCUAAAUAACUUCAGUUAUAAUGUGAUAGAGUUUGCGAAGUCUUUGGUGGAGUGGAUGUCCGACAAACUGAUGCGAUCUUUUGAAGCCCAACGCAAUAAUCCCUUUCAGUUCAAACACUUACAGUUGUGUCACAAGUAUGGAGAUUUGGAGCGCAUUCUUGAGCCCCGAGUUGUUCUCGCGUCUCAACCGGACUUAGAGUGCGGUUACUCUCGAGACUUAUUCUUCAAUUGGUCCACAAAUCCCAAGAACUGUAUUAUUUUGACUCAAAGGUGUUCUGUCGGCACUUUAGCCCAUCAACUGAUGAACAGCCAAAAGGGACGACUCAUCACAUUAGAGAUUAAGCAAAGGGUUCCUCUGAAUGGACUCGAAUUAGAGGAAUAUCGACGACAAGAGAAUCUUAAGAAAAGCAAAAUGAAUGCAACGAAUGAGGCGUCAGGUGUCGGCGAAUCGGACUCUGAUUCCGAUGAGAAUAAUGAGAGCGAAGAGGAGGACGAGGGUAUGGAAGUGGACGACGGCCUGAACAAGAGUCCCGUCUCGAGCGGCAGCUUUGCGGCCAGCAGUGGGACGUCUCACGCAAUGCACGCGCACUCGAGUGUCGUGAAGCACGACCUAAUGAUGCCUAACAAAGAGGGUAAAGUGAAAGGCGGCGGCUUCUUCAAGCAGGCGAAGAAGUCUUACCCCAUGUUUCCGGCGCCCGAACGCAAAAUCAAGUGGGAUGAGUACGGAGAGACCAUCAGACCCGAGGACUACGUCAUCUUCGACGUCGUCGGCGCCAACACCGCACAGACCGGCGAAGAGGAGAACAAAGAGAAUGUUAAGAAAGACGGCGCCGAAGAGGCCACACCUGAGACCCAAGAAGUGCCCACAAAGUGUGUGGUGAAUGUGCAGACGUUUAACAUUCACGCAAACGUCCAGUACAUCGACUUCGAAGGCAGAUCCGACGGCGCGUCCAUUCAAAAGAUCAUUUCAAUGCUAAAACCUCGUCGUCUGAUUCUGGUUCGCGGCUCUGAAGAGGCGACCGAAUCGAUGGCUAAAUAUUGUCGCGAUUUUGUGUCCGACAAGAUAUUUAUCCCGAAGCUGUUUGAGACGGUGGACGCGACCACCGAGAGUCACAUAUAUCAGGUGAAACUGAAGGACUCUUUGGUGAGUUCGCUGUCAUUCGCUGAGGCGAAGGACGGGGCGGAGCUGUCGUGGGUCGAGGCCGAGAUCGAAAUGACGCAAAUCGAGUCACUUCUGCCCCAAAAGGAGUCCGAGAAAGUGGACGACCCUUCCAGAGAAGGCCAACCGAGCGACGAUAGUGCGGCACCGGGUGGUCGGGAACUGCUUCCAACUCUACGCCAACUUCCAGCCAAUCAAAUCCCGUCUCAUCCGACAAUUUUUGUUAAUGAACUCAAACUCUCGGACUUCAAACAAGUUCUCAUGAAAAGCGGAAUUCAGGCCGAAUUCUCCGGGGGUGUCCUCUACUGUAACAAUCAGGUAGAGGUCCGGCGCAGUGAGUUCGGGCGCAUACACCUCGAGGGCACCCUUUCCGAGGACUACUAUAAAAGAUGUGGUUAUACGGGUUGGAUAAGUAUGAAACACACGGACGAUGGGAAGGCGCUUAUGAUGAAAGACGACGGAACUGUUUUCCGUCCCGUCGAUCACAAGGUUUGGUCCACUUCUGUGCGCCUCAAAGACAUGGAUGACACUGGAGUGACUGUUCAGGUGCUGUCAACAGUGCCCGUAAUGUUCAGUUAUUGGGCCAAACCUAAUGACACGGCAUAUUUAUGUCGCUUAUUGAACAAUCAUUUGGCUGGAGUGGUGCGAAGUACUCCCUCCCGGUUCGUCGGUUUGGGAACCAUUCCCUUGCAAUCGACUACUCUUGCGAUCGAAGAGAUGAGAAGAUGUAAAAAUGAUUUAAAGCUAAAUGGAGUCAUAAUUGGGAGUCACGUGAAUGAGUUAGGACUCGACGACCCUAUGUUUGAUCCCAUUUGGAAAACGGCUGAAGAGUUGAAUUUUCCGAUUUUCAUACAUCCCUGGGAUAUGCAAAUGAGCGGUCGGUUCUCCAAAUACUGGUUGCCAUACAUCGUGGGAAUGCCCGCCGAAACCACUGCCGCUGUUUUGGCGAUGAUUUUCAGCGGAGUUUUAGAGAGAUUCCCCAAACUUCGCAUAGCGUUAGCUCACGGCUCAGGGAUGUUGCCGUACAUUAUGGGUCGGGCGGAGCACGGCUUUCACGUAUACCCAGCAGAUUUCAAAGCUAACCCAUUCCCACCCUCUAAAUAUACGACACAAAUAUAUUGCGAUUCCUUGGUUCACAGCGAAGGCGCUCUCAAUCUGGCGCUCAACCACUUCGGAGAAGACUCGAUAUUUCUGGGAAGCGAUUAUCCGUUUCUAUUGGGCGAACACAGACCCGGAUUAAUGAUAGAGAAAAGUAUGCAUUUGAGUGAUGGCUUGAAAAAGAAGCUCUUGAGUGAAAAUGUUUGUAAAUUCCUCGACAUUGAUAUCAAUCGAUAUUCGGCGAACCGCAGUUCGGAAAGGGAUCGCAAAAUGCUCUCGAAAUUCAAAUAUGUAUUCAUGUUUUGCAAUACACUGAUCAUCGGGUCGUCAAUAUUUGGCUUCAUUUGGGGAAACAUUAAUUAUGCCGAGUAUUGGGACGUAAACGGCAGCUUCAUUGGGGGACAGUUGGCCACCAUUUGCGUGGGUUUCAUAAUCUUUGGUUUGAUGGGUCUGUACGCCUCCUAUAAGAACAACUAUCACGUCAUGACCUCAUAUGCGGUGUUUGUGUUGAUGUCUAUUCUGCUACGAGUGGUCACUUGGCUUCUGGCCUUCUUCCACAACUUCCCCCUCAAGACCUGGUAUUACGUUUGUCUCACUUUCGAAAUGCUUAUUCUCGUGUUGGCCGCCCUCGUCAUGCACAACAUCAAACAAAACCACCCUGAACAAUCAUAACUAUUCAUAUUCAAUGUAUAUAUUUUGCCUCAACUAUACUUAUGGUAUUUUAUGACACCAAAUACUAUAUUUAAUUCAUAAUUAUCUUUAUUAUAAAUAUA